CUCCUUCCGUGUUCCCUGAAGCCUUCGCCUUGGGUACGCUCCAAUUUUAGCCAUGGACCCCAGGAAACUUGCAUUCUCCGAACAGAUUUUGUCGCCUAGGAGAAGAAUUGUUCCUGGAUUUGGUCUUGGCAUAAGCGUCUCCCUCAUCGUUCUUAGCCUUCUUUUGCUCUAUAGUUCUUCUAACGCCAAAUAUUUCUUCUCUGUUUCCAAUCGUCCCACUUCCGUGGAUUCUCUCUUUGAUUCCUGGUCUUUCUCAUUUUCCUCUCCUUUCCCUGAUUUAACCGCUAAUUCUUCCAAGUUGGGCAGCUAUGAUAGUGCCACGCCAAUUCCUCCUCAAACGGACAAUCAUACGCGCAACACUCAACCAUUUAUCAAUGCCACAUUUCAACUCAACACCCAUGCGCCAAAUGGCUCCCAAAUUGUGAAUGCAAGCUUGUCGCUUGAAUCCAAAAAUGUUACUGGAAAUGCAACAAUUUCCAGCCAAGGAAAGUUGGAUGAGGAGAAGAUAAUCGAAGAGAAAUCCCUGAAUAACUCCACUUCUUUCAACAACAAUGCCACUCAAUACCAGAAAGAGAACAAUCAUUCUUCCAUCGCUGAAGAUAAAAUGGCGUCGGAAGGAAAUGGUGGGAAAAAUUCAAGCGACAGAGUCGAAAUUACUGACAAUUCUCAACCGGGAACAUCGACUUCGAGUUUUGAUGAGGAAUGUGAUAUCUUUGAUGGAAGAUGGGUGAGGGAUGAUUCGAAGCCAUACUACCCUCCAGGUUCUUGCCCAUACAUCGACAGGGACUUCGAUUGUCAUCUUAAUAAGAGACCAGACGAUGAAUAUGUCAAAUGGAAAUGGCAGCCAAAUGGGUGUAACAUUCCAAGUCUGAACGCAACACAUUUUCUAGAGAUGUUGAGGGGAAAGAGUCUGGUGUUUAUUGGGGAUUCACUGAAUAGGAAUAUGUGGGAGUCUCUGGUUUGUAUUCUUCAUCAUAGUAUUAGCGAUAAGAAAAGAGUAUACGAGAUAUCUGGGAGGACAGAGUUCAAGAAGAAAGGUUUCUACGCCUUCCGGUUUGAGGACUAUAAUUGUUCCGUGGAUUUUGUCAGUUCUCCGUUCCUUGUUAAGGAAUCUACAUUCAAAAGAAGGAAUGGAACCAUCGAGACAUUAAGACUUGAUCAAAUGGACCCAACCACGGAAAUGUAUCGGGAUUCCGAUGUUUUGGUCUUCAAUACAGGCCACUGGUGGACUCAUGAGAAAACAUCGAGGGGAGAAGACUAUUACCAAGAAGGCAACCAUGUGCACCCAAGACUCAAGGUGCUGGAAGCGUUUAAGAGGGCUCUCACCACUUGGGGUCGAUGGAUUGACAACAAUGUUGAUAAAAACCGAACUCUGGUUUUCUUCAGAGGGUAUUCAUACUCUCAUUUCAGUGGUGGUCAGUGGAACUCUGGAGGGCAAUGCCACAAUGAGACGGAACCAAUUUAUAACGAAACACACUUGGGAAAGUACCCUAAGAAAAUGAGGGCUCUGGAGUAUGUGAUGCAGGAGAUGAAAACGCCAGUGUCGUACUUGAACAUCACCAGGCUCACACAUUAUCGGAAGGAUGCACACCCUGCAAUUUAUAGAAUGGAGUACAAGACGGAGGCAGAGAGACGUGCAGGUGUGCGAGUUCAAGAUUGCAGCCAUUGGUGCUUGCCGGGGGUACCCGAUACAUGGAACGAGUUGUUGUAUGCAUCUGUUAUAAAGAUGGCAAAGAGACAUUGGAGCAACUAAUGUUGCAGUCGCAGGCCAUGCUGGGAUUACCAUUUUUCCCCUUUAUUUUUUGGGUUUUGAGGUAAAGAUAUAUGUAUCGAGUAUUGUUUAAUCGUUUAGGUUCCCAUGGUGCAUGGUGCAUGGUGUGGAGGAAACUUCAGGCGGAUCAUGAUCGCUAGAUUGGCUGAUCGAGUCCUGCAUAUGUAGAGAAAGAUAAACAACGAUACUUGUAUUUUAUGAUUUCAAUAUAUACCUUAGCAAUAGGUAUGAAAAUAUGUUAUUAAGUUGGUUUCCUGUUGCUGAGUUUAAAAGAAUGUGGCGUGGCAGUGCAAAAUGAAAUCAAGAGUGAGUGGUCAAUUCGUAGAGUAAAUGAAAAUUGCAAUGCAGACUGCAGUAUUAGUA